AUGCUUGGACUUAAUGCACCAGCAGAUGUUAGCUUUGUCAAGUGCGAAACAGUUGUUAAUCACUUCAAGGCUUUCAUUAAUCUUAUGAAUCAACAAUGUGAUUUCCAUGCUGGCAAACCUAUGGCACGUUAUUAUUCUAACAAAAGCAAUUCUUACAAGAUUCUGACUUACCGCGAAGUUGACCGUAUGGCUACUAACUUGGCUUGCAAAUGGGCGGAAUAUGUUAAGGAUAUACAAUGUAUCUCUUUUAUGAGUGAUCAUACCAUCGACUAUUUGAUCACCAUGUUGGCUUUAUUGAAGUUAAGGGUUACUAUGCUUGCUGUCUCCCCGCGUAAUUCUGAACCUGCUAUUGUCAACCUUUUGGAGAAGACGAAAACUAAACUCUUUAUUGCCAACAACAAGUAUGAAGCCAUCACUAAGGAUGUUGUCAAACAGGUCCCCGGUGUCCAACUCAUUUUGAUUGAUGCUCUUGAUAUUAAUACUCUUUUAAACGAACCUGUGAAUCCUGUGUACACUAAUGUUCUUGAUCUUGAUUUUUCUGAUGAAGAUAUUGAAAAGAGUGCGUUGAUUAUUCAUAGCUCUGGAUCAACAAAUUUCCCCAAGCCUAUCUAUCUCAGUAACCGGUAUUUAAUCAAUAUCCUUAAACCCAUUGGUUCUCUCAUUAACACUAAGGAAAAUAUGCCUCACAUCACCGAAAAAGAUGUUAUGCUUGCUUUGGCGCCUUUGUUCCAUAUUUUCGGUAUUUUUGCGAAUUUCUCCAUGUACGUUCUCGGUGGUAGUAGCGUCUUUGUCGAAAAGCUUCCUCCUUCCUUGAAUGAGAUUUUUUCUGCUCUCAAGGAUAAUGAAUGUACAGUAGCCGCUCUUCCACCUCUUCUGAUUGAACAGAUGAUUCCUUACCUUGAAGAAACCAACGAUUUUACUGAUGUUCAACGCCUCAAGUAUACCUUUUAUGGCGGUGCUCCUCUCAAGCAUGAAUCUGGUGAAUGGUUGCACGCUCAUGGUGUCAAUGUUCGUGAUUUGUACGGUACUACUGAGAUCAAUGCCUUUAUGACCUCUAAUCUUGACCCCAAGAGCAAGCAUUGGGAUUCUUUGACACCUUAUCAUUUAGAUGCUGAGGGUAAAUCAUACGCUGUAUUCGAAACCAAUGACCCCAGUGAACCCCAUAUCAAGCACUGCUACAUUCGUGGCGAUUGUCCUUUUCUUGCUACCAAUGUUUCCAAUCGUUCCGACGGGGGCUACGAUACCAAUGAUUUGUUUAUAGAGAACCCUGAAGCUCCCGGAUACUGGAUCUAUUUAGGUCGCCGUGACGAUACUUUGAUCAUGGAAAACGGUGAAAAGACGAAUCCUGUACCUAUGGAAGCUACUAUUCGUCAAAGUCCUAUGGUAAAGCAAGCUGCAGUUAUCGGUCAAAGUCGUCAAUUAACCUGCUGUCUCGUUGAAAUCGAUAUGGAAUAUGCUAUGCAUUACGCUCCCGAUGAAGUUAUUAAUGCUGUUCACAAGGCCGUUGAAAAGGCGAAUAAGGAUUGUCCUAGCCACAGUACUAUUUUACCUCAAAUGGUCAAGAUCUUACCUUUUAACAAGUCUCUGCCUUCUACUGACAAGGGUACUUUGAUGCGUAAACGUGUUGAAGCCUUAUAUGGUGAUAUGAUUGAACAACUGUACAGGAACUUUUUGGAAGGCCCUGCUCGCAAGAAUGAAUCCAGUGCUGAUACUUCUCAAUGGACUGCUGAGCAAAUUGAAGACUUUUUGGAGACGUGUGCAGCUGAAGUGUUGGGUAUUCCCAAAUCUGUUCUUGCUGAAGAUCACAAGCAAUCCGUGUUUGACCUCGGUCUUAACUCUCUUUCGGCUAUUCAACUCCGUAAUCGCAUUUCUGAGUACUUUGGUCAUACUCCUCAAAACUUCUUAUUCCAGCAUCCUUCCAUUGCUGCUAUGCGUGAAUAUUUAAUGAGCCAAGAAAAAGAGGAUAUCUCUGAGCAAAUCGAGAAGCGUUAUCAACAGGCUAAUCAGUUAGCCAAAGACUAUAUCAGAAAGGCUGAGGCCGAUUUCCCCGUGGCUCAAAAUGAUUAUAGUAACAAGCAAGACAAAGUUAUUCUCUUGACUGGUGCUACAGGUUCUCUGGGCUCUUUCAUGUUGCGUGAUUUGUUGAAGGACCCUAGUGUUAAGAAGGUCUACUGUUGUGUCCGUGGUAAAGAAUCAGAAUUGUACAACCGUCUCGUCCAAGCUUUCGAUUCUCGCGCUCUCGAUUUGUCUCUUUUGAAAAAUACUGAUCGUGUUGAAGCUCUCCCUAUGCGUUUUAAUGAACCUUUCCUCGGCUUUUCUGAAGAGAAAUAUAAUCAAUUGAAGAACGAAGUUACUAUCAUCCAACACUGUGCCUGGUUACUGGAUUUCAACAUGCCGGUUGACCACUACGAUAAAGAGUGCAUUGCUCCCUUUUACAAUCUUUUGAAAUUUGCUUAUCGUGAAAAGAACCCUAUGCAUGUUCACUUUAUUUCUAGUAUUUCUGCCAGUGCUGCUUGGGAUAAAGAAAUUCCUGAGGAGCCUUUACCUUUGGAUUCUCAUGUCACAAUGCCUAUGGGCUAUGCUCACUCAAAGUUUGUUGUCGAAAUUCUUUUCAACUUCUUGACAACUGAAAGAAACUUCCCUUGCUACAUCGAACGUCUUGGUCAAGUUUGUGGUGACUCUGUCAAUGGGGUAUGGAAUACUUCUGAACAGUAUCCUCUCAUGUUCGUUGGUGGCGGUUCUAUCAUGCACAAGAUGCCCGCUUUGGACACCGUCAUUGACUGGAUUUCUGUUGAUUAUGCUUCUGCUACCAUUGUUGAUAUCAUGCUUCGUACCGCCUAUAGCAAGGCCAACGCUAAAGACUCUAUCUAUCAUAUCGUCAAUCCUCGACUUGUGAUGUGGUCUGAUGUUCUUAAUGCCAUGAAACUAGCUGGUAUGAAGUUCGAUGUUGUGUCUCCUGCCGAAUGGGUUGAAAGCUUAGCCCAAGAUGAUACGAAUCCUGCAUACCGUUUGAUAUCUUUCUACGAAACCAAUUUUAAGAAAGCUUUCAAGAUGCCUGUUUGGAAGACUGAGAAGACAAGCACUAUGGCCCCUGUUAUCCAAAAAUCUCCCGUUCUCGACUCCACGUUGUUCGGCAAGUUUUUGGCUCGCUGGCAAUUUGUUGGCUUUUAUAACCCUUCUGUUUAA